UUAGACCCACUGAGACUUAUGGGCUGAACAACUUGGACUACCAACGAAAAUCGAUCUGGGUCUUAAGACCCAUCAUAAGCCAACGCCUGCAAAUUGCUUAGGCAGAGCCCAGACGUCAACUGCAAGUACGUUUCAGAUUGUGAGUUUUUGUGGGUCUGCAAGUAUAUUUUCUUUUCUGUAUGAAAGGGAGGGAAGUACUUGUUAAUCUGUUUGAAGCAUGUAACAGCGGGAAAUCAGUGGCACAAUUGCACUCUCUGACCCUUAAAGAUGGCCUCGCCCAUGACAGCUUCUUUGCCACAAAACUCAACGCUUUGUAUGCUAAAUACGAGUCACUUGGUCAUGCCCGCAAGGUGUUCGACGAAACACCAAACAGAACCGUCUAUCUAUGGAACGCCACACUCAGGAGCUAUUGCAGAGAGAAUCAAUGGGAAGAGACAUUAUAUCUCUUCCAUAAUAUGAUCUCUGAUUCAAGAGGCAACGAUGAAAAGCCUGAUAAUUUCACAAUACCCAUUGCUCUGAAGGCCUGUACUGGGUUAAGGGCACUUGCAUAUGGCAAAAUAGUACACGGGUUUGUAAAGAAACAUGAGAAAGUUGCAUUGGACAUGUUUGUGGGUUCUGCAUUGAUUGAGUUGUAUUCUAAAUGUGGACAAAUGGGUGACGCUUUAAAAGUGUUCAACGAAUUUUCUCAACCGGAUGUGUUUUUGUGGACUUCUAUGGUUACUGGAUAUGAGCAGAAUGGCAAUCCUGAAGAAGCAUUGGAAUUUUUUUUCCGAAUGGUGAUGGUGGGGCGCGUUGAUCCUGAUCGGGUGACGCUUGUUAGUGCUGUUUCUGCUUGUGCUCAGUUAUCAAAUUUUAGACUUGGAAGUUGUGUACAUGGUGUUGCUAUUAGGAACGGAUUCAACUCUGAUUUAUCUUUAGUUAAUUCAUUGUUGAAUCUCUACGCAAAGACAGGUUCUGUCAAGACUGCAGCUAGCUUGUUCGGGAAAAUGCCAGAGAAAGAUGUUAUUUCUUGGAGCUCCAUGAUUGCCUGUUACACUCACAAUGGGGCUAUACUAGAAGCAUUAAAUCUUUUCAAUGAAAUGAUCGAUAGGGGAAUUGAACCUAAUUCAGUAACUGUGGUUAAUGCAUUACAAGCAUGUGCAGUGGCAGGUAAUUUAGAAGAGGGUAAGAAGAUCCAUGAACUUGCUACUAGGAAAUGUUUCGAGUUAGAUAUCACAGUAGCUACAGCUCUGAUUGAUAUGUACAUGAAGUGCUUAGCACCUCAAGAAGCUUUCGACCUUUUCAAAAGAAUGCCCAAGAAAGAUGUGGUUUCUUGGGCUGCAUUGUUAAGCGGGUAUGCUCAAAACGGAAUGGCAUACAAGUCAAUGGGGGUUUUUCGCAACAUGUUGUCAGAUGAAACUCAACCUGAUGCUGUUGCUAUGGUUAAGCUUCUUACAGCUUGUUCAGAAUUAGGGAUUCUUCAACAAGCUCUUUGCCUCCAUGCUUAUGUGAUUAAACGGGCCUUCAAGAAUAACAUCUUUGUUGGAGCUUCACUCAUAGAGUUAUACUCAAAAUGUGGUAGCAUAGACAUUGCUAACCGAUUAUUUGAAGGGAUAAAGGACAAGGAUGUUGUUAUUUGGAGCGCAAUGAUUGCAGGUUAUGGAGUUCAUGGACAAGGAGCAGAAGCUUUAAAAGUUUUUGAUAAGAUGGUUAAGCACUCAGCUGUUAAGCCCAAUGAUGUAACAUUUCUCUCUGUUUUAUCUGCUUGUAGUCAUUCAGGUUUGGUUGAAGAAGGAAUCGAGAUAUUCAAUAUGAUGGUGCGUGAAUACCAACUGAAGCCUGGACCUGAGCACUACGGAAUAAUAGUUGAUCUUCUUGGCCGCACAGGAGAGCUGGACAAGGCCAUGGAAAUUGUUGAGUGUAUGCCAAACGCAUCUGCGCCCCAUGUUUGGGGAGCCUUGCUUGGUGCGUGCCGGAUUCAUAACGAUACCAAGCUUGGAGAGGCUGCAGCAAAGAGUCUUUUUCUGUUAGAUCCUAAUCAUGCAGGAUAUUACAUACUGCUCUCAAAUAUAUAUGCCAUGGACAAUAAAUGGGAACAUGUGGCGGAUCUUAGAACUUUGAUAAGGGAGAAGGGGUUAAAUAAGAUGUCCGGGCAGAGUGUCGUUGAGGCCAGGGGUGACAUCCAUAGUUUUGUAGCUGGAGAUAGACGUCACCAAGAUUCUGAUCAGAUCUUUGGAUUGCUAGGAACAUUAGAGGUGAAAAUGAGAGAGGAAAGUUAUGUUCCUGAUGUUGAUUUCCAGCAACAUGAUAUGCAUGGAGGAUGUUUCACAGAUUUGAAGUGCAUAAAGGCCUAAGCUUAGGUGGUUUAAUAAACCAAUUGAAUGUUAAGCCUCUAUGUGAAAUGCACCUGAACCCAUUUGAAGUCAGAUAUGUGGUUGCUUUAUGAUCCUCAAGUUGCUUUCUGACUCGAAAAUUGCUGACCUCAAACCCUAAAGAUAUCGAUGCUCGCAAUUCUUGCAGUUGAAGUACUCAACACUUUUGAAAGCGAUUGGGUGCUUCAAUGAAAGCUAAGAAGCUUGGUUGAGGAGGAUACAGUGAGUUAUGUAAGGGAGCCUUGCCUGAUGGUGGAGAAACUGCAAUAAAAUGUUGAACUUACUCAUUAGUAGAAAGGACUGAUCCUCACAUGACAGUCUUCUUGGAGCUGGGGCAAGGUUCCUUCUGCAAUUGCAUUGAUUGGUGGCACUGAUCCCUGUUACUUUACAGGUACUCACGUUAGAAUUAUUUUCAAAGCAUCUUUGUUUUUCUGGGCAUACUCCAGUUUCCAGUUGUCUGUUUAUCAUUCUUAUUCAAUUUCGAUGAGUGUGCAGCUGUGAACCCUGUCUGCAAUGUAUUAGUGAAGAAUUAUUGGUAAACAAUGCAUUACAGUAAUUUCCUUUAGAAAGUUGAACUGUCAGUAUUGAGGGUGGGUGGUUAUAUUGUUUCUUGAGUUCUGAUGUCUGUUCUUUUCCUUAUCCUAUUGUUUACCUUGGCAUUACUUGCCUUAGUGGAUGCCUUUUGCUCUUGUGGUGAAUUUCAUGUAUCUAAUUUUGUGUGACUAGUUCUACAUCAUCUUUCAUAACAAUUAUCCAUAUGCUGGACUUCCUGUUUUUCUUCUCUGUUCUCUUGUAAUUACCUUUCUUGAUAUCUGUCAAUCUUUGCUUUUGUGCUCUCUCUCUCUGCCUUCUCCCUCCCUCCCUCUUUCUGUGAAUACUCUAUUUACC